GGUGUUUUAGGCGAGAGGCUUCAGGCAGUGGUGGUGGUGAACGUGCAUCAGCUGAAUUACAUUAACACGUCUACAGAUCAAUCACAGCUCCAUUUUCUUUGGCAAUAACAACGGCGGCCGCCAUGAUAUCCUGGUGCGGCAGAUGUCUGGGCUUGGGAACCUUGGGCGUGACCAGCCCGAACUCGCCCGUAGCCCAACCGCUCUCCUCCGCCCACAAGAACCUCAGGCUUCGGCGAUCCAUUGUGUCGAGGCGCGGAGACCUGACUGACGAUUCAGAGGAAGAGGAGGAAGACGUACCCGGCGACCUCAGUGUGUGGCAGGAGCAAUAUGUGGUCAAGCGGCAGCCCGGGGCUCAUCCCUCUGACCAUUCCCCUCUCCCAGAAACGGUGGUCGUGCAGGUUCAACCGCCUUCCACGGACAUGCACAGACCAGACCUGGAAGACACAGGAAGCAUAUCAAGCUGCUUUUUGCAGUCGCCAGAUUCUGCCACGUCCUUCGAUAACGCCAGCGUCUACAGCAGCUACGGAAGCACCACAUUGACCGAUCCCAGUAACACGAGUAUUAGUAACUUAAGCAAUGUGAGCAACAGCAAUCGUGGCAGUAUUGGAAGUCUUGUCAGCUUGAAGAGUUCGGAGAGUGUUGUGCCUUACUGCAACACUAAUGACGGGGAUAGUAACACCAAACCCUCUCUACGACAAACUACGGACACGGGUCAAUUUGAAGCCACAUUUCAGCAUCGUCCACCUUCGCGACUGAGCCCAGGACCCCGACGGCCUCAUCCCAUGUUCUUAACCCCGGAGGAAGCAGCCAAACCCCCUAGUCUGCAGCCAUUAGCCAAGGUGCAUGCUUUCUCUCCUGCACAAGAAAGACUGUGGCUCGGCAAGGGCGUCUUGGCAGGGAUCAUGGGGAAGAAAGGGGAGACAUUCGCUGGGGAAUACCUGACAGAGGGACAGAAGACGCCCGUGAAACUUCGAAGCGCGACGACCCUCCGGGCGAUCUCGACCUUUGAGGCGCGAGUCGACACGAAGAACAACCCCGUCUGGUACUCCUUCGGGAGGGUUGUUCUGGCUCUCCGCUACCUCUUGGCCAAAAAGGAGCUUGAGGUGAGCGUAGUACAGGUGACGGAAUUACCCGCCGGGAGGGAAAAAUCAUCCAUUGACUUCCAGGUAUGCGUGAAACCGGCAAGGAGGAAAACGAGGUGGAUAAAGUCGGUGAAACCAGGACCGAGCCAUGACACCGACGGCAUCACUGCACAGUGCUCCCUCAAGAUUCGGAAAGUUCGCGAGCGCUCGCUUGUGCUGUCGGCUUUCGUGGCGGGCCGGAGAAGCCACGCACAUCUGGCCCUUGGACACGCGGUGGUGCCCGACCUGGAGGCGCAGGCGCUUAUGGAUGGACAGUGGCACACCUUCCCUCUUAAUCUGCGCCAAGGAUGCCAGCUCCAAGAUCACCUGGGUAUGGCAAUGGUAGCACUCUCCUGCUGCGAACGAACGUAUGGAUUCUACACCUUCACUGUCGAUAUCAUGCAUAUAAGGAACGUCAAAGUGCAGCGUCUGGGCGAACAUGUUACCAGUUCCUUCAAGGCCAAAGCGGAACUAUGGGUCCAGGCUACUCUAAUGAUUGAUGGGCAACAAAAGGCGAAAUACGACAUGCCCCCGACGCCCCUGGUACGCCCUUCCGGCUACGAUGAACAGGGUUGGGAAUCAAUCUUCAAGCACGGAUGCACCGUCUCCUUCCUUGUGCCUAAAGACAAGAUUCAUUUGGCAACCAUCAUUGUUAAGGUGAACGGGCGAUCACGCCACCACCUCACAUCCAAAGAGGCAUUACUGGGAACGGUGAGUUUUGGUCCCGAAGAGCUUUUCGGCGGACAGCAUGCAGUGGCAGGUCAAAUAGACGUGCCCGGAGACCCACUAGACAGCCGGCUCACACACUGGGGUCAGGCUUUGCGUCGAAUGGCCAAAGUUGACAUGUGGCACCGACUUCAAAUCUAACGAGACAGAACUUAAAACACAUGGCGUGAAACCUUUUAUGUUAUUCUGUAUAUUUUCACAAAGCGUAGUAACAUAUAAUUACCGCACCUCAUCAAGAUCACCGAUCAAUUCAACAUAGGCAUAUACUUCAUGCACUCAUAGCCUCAUACUGAUCAUCCUUUUAUUGCAGACAGUAAAAAUCAUGAUAUAUUUCAC